AUGGCGACUCCCCCGCCACCUUCCCCUUCUGUGGCUCCGCCUUCGCCGUCGUCUGGCCCACCCGACUCGCCACGCCCUACGACGCCUGAUGCCACCCUUGAAUCGGCUGCCGCCAACGUCUCCAACGCUCCUGCGACUCCCACCGCUGGUAAAAUUACCAAAAAACCCGCUCACACUACGCCACAUAAAUUACAGGAUAGUCUGACAAGCGUUACUCAGUAUGAGUCGUCGAAGAGGGAGAAAGGAUUUCAUAGAACCGUCUCUGGCUCUGAAGCUGCCAAGCACACCCAUAGUGCAAUGAAACUAGACAGCUUUCUCAGCCUCUGUUUCCCGAAUACCGAGCACAACGAAGUUUUUGACACUUUCAAGGACACGCACCUGGAAGAAUUCCAACAACGCCUAGGUAAAGUCAAGCUAGGCCCGAAGCACAAUCGAGAGAGGCCGAUGUAUGCUCGGAUCAGCAACGCACUUCAGUAUGUUUUCGACACCCUGAAUGCCGACGGCAAUCUUCUCGACCUUUACGUCCAGGAUGUAUCGAGGGACUUGCAAAGUGGCGACCAGAAUUUGCGCGAAAUCGCGCCUGAUCUGGACAUACGGUUGAAGAAUGACAAGGGUGAUGGCCUGCCUUGGACGCAAGCACUUGGUAUUAUCGAGGUGAAAAAGACCAGGGCAGAAGAUCCACUCCAGGAGGACAGAGUUACGCCACGGAUGGCCCAAGGUCACGUUGCGACAUGGAAUCAGACAAUGGAACAGGCUACGGUGGCUUUCCAGGCCCGACCUCGCUGUCAUCUGAUGGGGAUUGGAUUCUAUCAUGAAAUCGCCCGUUUCUACCGGUGGGAUCGCUCGACAGUAACAUUCUCAACAUCUUUCGAAUACAAGGUCGACUGCAAGCCCUUGGUGAAAUUUUUAUAUGGAUUCUCGACCUUCGGACUCGCUGGCACGGGCAUCGACACCACGAUCACUUGCCCGGUCCCCGAUGCGAUCCCGCGCCCCAUCCUCAAGCGGAAGUUCGACGAUGCCAUGAAAGACAAUCUCAUCGAUCCUAUGAAAGUGAUCAAGGACGAAGAGUUGCGUUCAAGCAGUUUCUUGAUUUCUGUCCCUUUGAACGAGGAAGCAAGAUCGGAGUCGCGAUGGGCGGAGAAGUAUGUUACCUUGGGCAAACCUCUGUUCACUUCUCGUUCUCUCCACGGACGCGGCACUCGCACUUGGCUCGCCAUGCAGACCGCCGUUAUAGACUCGCGUCACGCCGAGGGCUACCAGCCUGAACGAUACGUUAUCAUAAAGGACUCGUGGCGUGACUCCGACCGCCUGCCUGAGUCAGAGAUCUACGAAAAGAUUCACAAAGGUGGCCAUAUGUUCGGCGUUGCCCGGUGUAGACGUGGCGUCGACGUCGUCCCUCGUCCACCGCAGGAAACGGAGGACAGUGGUCCGCCGAAGGAAGCCGUCAAUACCCAUCGCACCUGUGCAUCGUCGCUCAACGAACUCCGCACUAAAGCUGGGCUGAAAGCUAAGUAUGUGGAGCGCAUCCACUAUCGGUGUAUACUCGAGUCUGUGGGGAUUCCUUUGACCCGCUUUCGCUCCACGCGCGAACUGCUGGAAGCCGUACGUGACGCCGUCAAAGGUCAUGAGGGCAUGCUCGCUAAGAACAUUCUUCAUCGCGACAUCAGCGUCAACAAUAUCAUGAUCAAUGCUUAUCCCAACGAAAUCUAUACCGAGAAGGGAUUCCUCAUUGACCCUGAAUACGCGGCCUUUCUCAAGGACAAGACGGCCACAUCGGAUCUACGACGAAUUACAGGGACAAUCCAAUUCAUCGCCGUUGCUCUCCAGCAAAAAUUGGAGAGUGAUGGACAACAUAAAGCGUGGCAUGAUCUUGAGUCCGUCUACUGGGUUCUGAUAUACACCGCUGGACGCCAUACCAAGACAAACAUCCCUGUCUUGGCCAGAAUCUUCGACGGAGAAGAUGGCGAUGGGAAAUCAUCUUUCGUUACUAAACGCUGCACCACCAUCACGGUCGACGGACAUGCACCUCUUACUGAGCUCCUUCGCGAGUAUGGCAAGUUAGUGCAGACUCAUUACCUGCCAGACGAGGUUCCCGUUGAAUAUCGUAACAAGUUGACGCACGACGCUGUCCUCAAACUUUUCGAGGAUGCCUUGAACUCUCCUGAUUGGCCGACAGAUGAUCCUCCUGCUCUCCCUUACGAACUGGGCGCGGAUACGACGACGCAAAGGAAUCAUGAUAUAGCUAAAGAAAUCACGUCGACUACGCGAUCAGCUCAGGAGAGCGGCAUGUCCGGCACCGCUCAGUCUGGAGGUUCGAAGCAAAGUUCCGCUCGCAAACGCAAGCCCUCAGUCCAAAGAGCGGAGUCUUCGGGGCAGGACAAAGCCCAAUCUUCGGGGAGUAAACGGGCUCGGAAGUGAAGCUUCUCCAAUUGAGCGAACCUGAGCGGGGCAAGGCUCAGCUGGCUCUUAAGGCAGGAUGAUGUGCAUGUCCUGACUCAGUAUCUGCUCUCAACUUGGAUGUACCGUACGGUAUCUUAUCACUGUCCUGUAUUGCUUGUCUUGUUCUCCGAUAUCAUCACAUGUACAAUACUCGACCCCGACCCCGUUUCCUCUCCAUCGUGUGCAAGUCGUCCUUGACCAC